ACUUCCGGGUGAGUGUUAGGGGAGGGAAGAUGGGAGGGAGGGAGGCCACCCACUGCCUCGCGCCCCCGCCCCGCGGGUGUCUCGCGCGCAUUCCGUGCGUGUGAGCGUGUGGGUUCGUCUCGCGCCCGGAGUGCGUGCCCGCGCGCUCCGCCUCGCGCUCUCCCCCCUCCCUCACCCCCUCUGGUCCUCCCACCCCACUUGGCUCCCUCCUUUCCCAGCAAACGCCGCCCCUCCCGCGCUGUAGGUAAGGCUCUGGCGCCGCCGCAGCCGUCGCCGGCGGGUGAGUGUCGCGCCGCUGCAGCCGGUGCGCGCUAAGCUCCCUGCUCCUCCCCCUACUCUUUCCAUGGGGUGGGCGCGGACGGGGGGGUUCACGGUGUGACUGUAUGUGUGUCCGUCCCGGAACCGGAAGUUGUUGUGUAGGAGCGGGCGAUGGGGAGGAAUGGGGGGGUUUAGGGGGCGGGUGCCUGUCUGGUGGGUGGCAGAGUUCAGCUCCCUGGAGGGGAAGGAGGGACGUCCCAAGGAAGGGUUUUUGAGGAAGGAGUGGGGGGCGACAUCAGGAGAAGGCUACCAGGGGCAGUCUCAGGGGAGCGAAUGUUUUGGGGGGACAACAGGGGUCUCCAAUACAUAGACUACUGUGCAAGCUGAGGGAGAUACUUCUUGGCACAAGGCCUUGGAAAGUUCAGGAGCCCUGGAAAGGAGAAGGAAUAAGACGACAGGAGGAAGAGAGAGAGAGGGUAGAAUGGAAGAAUCUCACUUCAAUUCUAACCCGUACUUCUGGCCUUCUAUCCCCACAGUUUCAGGACAAAUUGAGAACACAAUGUUCAUCAAUAAGAUGAAGGAUCAGCUGUUGCCAGAGAAGGGCUGUGGGCUGGCUCCACCUCACUACCCCACCCUGCUGACAGUGCCUGCCUCAGUGUCCUUGCCCUCAGGCAUCAGUAUGGAAACGGAAUCCAAAUCAGACCAGCUGACCCCACACAGCCAGGCUUCCGUCACUCAGAAUAUCACGGUGGUCCCUGUGCCAUCUACAGGACUGAUGACUGCUGGAGUCUCCUGUUCUCAGAGGUGGAGAAGAGAAGGGAGUCAAUCAAGGGGUCCAGGUUUGGUAAUCACGUCCCCCUCAGGCUCUCUUGUGACCACAGCCUCAUCAGCUCAGACCUUCCCCAUUUCGGCUCCCAUGAUUGUCUCAGCUCUUCCCCCUGGCUCACAAGCCCUGCAGGUGGUCCCUGACCUCUCCAAGAAGGUAGCAUCAACCCUAACAGAGGAAGGAGGUGGAGGUGGUGGUGGAGGUGGCAGCGUGAUUCCUAAGCCCCCCAGGGGCCGAAAGAAGAAGCGGAUGUUGGAGUCGGGACUGCCUGAAAUGAAUGACCCCUAUGUCCUCUCCCCUGAGGAUGAUGAUGACCAUCAAAAAGACGGCAAGACAUACAGGUGCCGGAUGUGCUCACUGACAUUCUACUCAAAGUCGGAGAUGCAGAUCCACUCCAAGUCACACACCGAGACCAAGCCCCACAAGUGCCCACAUUGUUCCAAGACCUUCGCCAACAGCUCCUACCUGGCCCAGCACAUCCGUAUACACUCAGGGGCUAAGCCCUACAGUUGUAACUUCUGUGAGAAAUCCUUCCGCCAGCUCUCCCACCUUCAGCAGCACACCCGGAUUCACUCCAAGAUGCACACGGAGACCAUCAAGCCCCACAAGUGCCCGCACUGCUCCAAGACCUUCGCCAACACUUCCUACCUGGCCCAGCACCUCCGUAUCCACUCGGGGGCCAAGCCCUACAACUGUUCCUACUGCCAGAAGGCCUUCCGCCAGCUCUCCCACCUCCAGCAGCACACACGAAUCCACACUGGUGAUAGACCAUACAAAUGUGCACACCCAGGCUGUGAGAAAGCCUUCACCCAACUCUCCAAUCUACAGUCCCACAGACGGCAACACAACAAAGAUAAACCCUUCAAGUGCCACAAUUGUCAUCGGGCGUACACAGACGCAGCCUCACUAGAGGUACACCUAUCUACGCAUACGGUGAAGCAUGCCAAGGUGUACACCUGCACUAUCUGCAGUCGGGCAUAUACGUCGGAAACGUACCUUAUGAAACAUAUGCGCAAACACAACCCUCCUGAUCUCCAGCAACAAGUACAGGCAGCGGCGGCGGCAGCAGCAGUGGCCCAGGCCCAGGCCCAGGCGCAGGCUCAGGCUCAGGCUCAGGCUCAGGCUCAGGCCCAGGCCCAGGCCCAGGCCUCCCAAGCAUCACAGCAGCAGCAGCAACAGCAGCAGCAGCAGCAGCAGCAGCAGCAGCAGCCACCACACUUCCAGUCUCCUGGGGCAGCCCCCCAGGGUGGGGGUGGUGGGGACAACAACCCCAACCCUCCACCCCAGUGUUCUUUUGACCUGACCCCCUAUAAGACGGCGGAGCAUCAUAAGGACAUCUGCCUCACUGUCACCACCAGCACCAUCCAGGUGGAGCACCUGGCCAGCUCUUAGAGAUCCUUGCUGCCACCCACUGGGAAGAGGAGAAAGAAGUUUUGGUCCCUCCUUUCUCCAACUCUUGGUGGGAAAACUCUUCUUCUUGAUAAGCCUUGGCCCUAUUUCCUUGGGCCUUAGGCAUGGCUUUCCUUCACAAGAUACCAUCCUUAUUUUCAACUCCUCUUCAAAAGGAACAUCAGCCCUCCUGAUUGGCAAAGGAAUACUGAGCUGAUGGUGUCAUUUAGCAGCCUCCCCUCCCAAGCAAAGCUUUUUAAAUUGGGGGUUGGUGCUCAAGGGAAGGAUUUGCUAUGACCUCAUAGAAACUUGUCCUGUGUGGACACUUACCCUAUCUUUAUCCUCAUCCUCAAAGGUUGCUCUGAUCAAGAACUAGAGGCUGGCCCUCCCAGAUUACAAGGAAAGGGGGCUCUAAAUGCAACCAGCCUCCUGUUCUAUUCUUGCCUGCAAAAGAACAGAGGUUUCUCGUGUCCCCCAAUUCCUGAGAACCAUUUUCUUCUUGUACUUGGUCUCAAUUCACAUCCUGCCUAUUGCUGGUAAGAUUUGGGUAGGAAUUAGACCUCCUUUUAUUCGUAAGGGGGCAAGGGCUGACAUGUGGUCCCUAAGGGGCCAAAGAUUCCCAAGGUGGUCAGGGUGGCUUAGAAGUGUGGGUUAUGAUUUUCCUUGGAGCCUCUCCCUCCCCUCCCCCACUGUUCUCUGCCAGCCAAGACCCCGUACACUCAGCCUCCCUAACCCAAUCCCCAAGGAGCUGUGAGAGCUUUGUGUUCUCUAUGAAACCCCAAAAUAAGGGGUGUGGCAGAGAAGGAAGAGUUCAGGGCAAACACCAGGACUGGACUUAGCUCCCUAGGUGCCACGGUCAGAUGCCAGACAUGGAUUUACAUAUAAAUAUAUAUAUAGAUAUAUAUAUACACCCACUCAUCACGGCCAUCUUUGUUGUAACCAUUUUUUGUGUUUAUAAAUGCAUUAUCUCUGAGAACUUUCAUAUUUGAUGUUUAUUUUAUUUUUGUCUUUUUCUCCACCCUGUCCUCUGGCCACGGCAUUUUUAUUUCUUUUUGCCUUUUUUUUUUUUUUUUUAAAUCAUGGCAUAUUUCAGAGAAAAGGAAAUUUUAAAAAAUCAGGAAACCAGUUGUUAUAUAGCAAUUUUAAAAUGGAAAAAAAAAAGAAAAAUUAUGUACAAACCAAGGGGUGUUUUUAGAACAUUGUAUAGAAAUAAAUUCAUGUAAAAGGA